AUGCCUUUCACCCGAGACUCUUUGCAGCACCUUAUGUUGGAUAACAAUCAGACUUAUGUGGGAAAACUCCAGGCUUCCAAGAAACUGCCAUGUGAGAACCCAGCUCACCUUGCUCAGCAACAGGAACCCUGUAGUUGGCUCAGCUCAACUCCCACAAUCACCUCCAUGAGGCGGGAUGUUUAUUUUUUUGAUCCUAAGAUAUUAAAAGAUGACCUUAAUUUCCACUUAGCAGCCUUGUACAACCACCACACAGGGACAUUCAAGAACAAAAGUGAGAUAGUCUUACACCAGGAGACUACCCAGGAUACCCAUGGAAUCAUCAAGACCCAAUUCCCUGGAGAACUUUUACCCCCUCCUCUACCACCUUCCAUCACUUCCCAGUCUAACAUUAGAUACUGGAUCAACCCUAAGAAGGAGUCUAUUCACAGCAUUCAGGGAUCCAUAGUAUCCGCUCACACUGCAGCCACCAGUGGAGGCUACUCCCAAAAGAAUGAUGAUGGCUUCUUCUCAACCCAAUGUUGA